GCGCGACCAGUGUAUUCAGCUGUUCGCUCGGGAAUAAUCAGUUUAACACCGAGCUCUAUACAAUGUAAAUUAUACUGUGGAGGCAAUCACUGCAAAUAUUGUACGGUGGAUAAUUGGACUGAUGAUCAACAAGCAAUCAAAGGACUGUAUUCACACUGGAUUACUGAUAAUAUAGUCGCAAUGGCAAGACCAACGAGGAACACUUUCGAGCACUAUAAUUUUGUUAAUCAGCUUAAAAUAUUAAAUAUUCGUUCGGUGAUUAAUAUGCAAACGAUUGGCGAACAUGCUUUUUGUGGACCAGUGAUGGAUGCUUCUGGUUUUUCAUAUAGUCCCGAACUUCUCAUGGAGAAUAAUAUAUAUUUCUAUAACUUUGCAUUUCCUGACUUCGGCGUGCAAAAUAUUGAAACUCUUCUCGAUGUUGUUAAAGUGAUUCAGUUCGCGAUCACUCAAGGAAAUAUCGCUAUACAUUGUCACGCUGGUUUAGGUCGAACGGGCGUAGUUAUUGCAGCGUAUUUAGUGUGGGCUCAUCAAUAUACAUCCACAAAAGCAAUCGAAUAUGUAAGAUUAAAAAGACCGAAUUCGGUACAAAGUAUGGUACAAAUUAAUGCCAUCGAUGAAUUUUGGCAAUUCUUGAAAAAAAUUCGAAUUAUUCCAAAAAAUGGAACAAUCACUCUAAAUGAAUAUUUGACGGUCCAAAGAAAAAUCAUCAGUACUGAAGAAGCCCGUAGAUACGAUCAUAUUCCAAAGGUUAAAAAAUUCAAAAAGAAAUUUUGCCAAAUUUGA